CAACCCCGGUAACACCGGAAACUACGUCUGCGGCGUUUUGUUUUAACGCGAGAACAGCGGACGGGGUUUGUGAAGGCCGGGGUUUUCAUUCAUCAUUUCUAGCAGGUUGGAAGAUGGCUACAGCAGAUGUACGGCUUAACCAUACAAUCUACAUCAACAACUUGAAUGAGAAAAUCAAGAAAGAUGAGCUGAAAAAGUCUCUGUACGCCAUCUUCUCACAGUUCGGACAGAUUUUGGACAUCUUGGUCGCACGAAACCUGAAGAUGAAGGGUCAAGCUUUUGUAAUCUUCAAGGAGAUUAACAGCGCCUCCAAUGCUCUGAGAUCCAUGCAGGGAUUCCCUUUCUAUGACAAACCAAUGCGUAUCCAGUAUGCGAAGCAAGACUCAGACAUCAUAGCGAAAAUGAAGGGGACUUAUGUGGAGCGUGAUCGUAAAAAAGAGAAGAAGAAGACCAAAGGACCCGAUGCGGCAGGAGCUAAGAAAGGUGUCCCAGGAGCUGCUGCACCCAUGGUCGCUGGGGUACCUGCUGCCAUGCCUGGAAUGCCUCCCAUGAGCCAGGCACCCCGCAUGAUGCACAUGCCAGGCCAGCCGCCCUACAUGCCCCCUCCAGGCAUGAUGCCUCCUCCAGGGAUGGCACCUGGUCAGAUGCCCCCUGGUGCCAUGCCUCCGGGUCAGAUGAUGCCCGGACAGAUGCCCGGACAAAUGCCCCAGCAGGUUGCAGAAAAUCCUCCCAAUCACAUCCUCUUCCUCACCAACCUGCCAGAAGAGACAAACGAACUUAUGCUCUCCAUGCUCUUCAACCAGUUCCCUGGGUUCAAGGAGGUGCGUCUGGUCCCCGGUCGCCACGACAUCGCCUUUGUGGAGUUUGAGAAUGAAGUGCAGGCCGGCGCUGCACGAGAUGCACUACAAGGCUUUAAGAUCACACAAACAAAUGCCAUGAAGAUCUCUUUCGCUAAGAAAUAACACAUCUCAGGAACAGUAUUUUUCUUACAUGCACAAAUACACACAAACAGGUCUCUUUUAUUUUUUGUUUUUUAAAAAAAAAAUGAACAUCAGCGACUCGAAGUAAAGAAACAGUUUUAGAAAUUUGCAGUUGGUCGGUGCAGCUCGGGUGGUGGAAUUUCUUUUUCUUCCAGGAUUACAUGUAAGUAUAAUGUAUUUGCAUCAAGUUGCUAUGUUUUAUUGUGCCACAGAACUCUUGAAGUAAAAUAAAUGUCAGGUAAAUUUAUGGAAAUUAGGAGUUCUACAUCCCACUGAUAUGAAUUUUGCAAAUGCAUUACAGCUGGUUUUCUUUUUUGGUUUUAUACUUAUAUCCACAAGCAACUUGAUGUGUGUACUGUUCCCUUUUUUUUCUUUUUAACUGUUUGUCAUAAAGCAUUGCACCCAGAGUCUGGUUUACCAGACAUUGUACCUGGAGCUCUUUCCUUUUUAUAAUUAAAACCGUUCUUUAA